AUGAAGAGCUCCCCAUACGAACAUGCGGGCCACCAACCCCACCCCGAGGAGCCAGAAGACAUCCGGCUACCUCAUCACGAUGGUCAAGUUUCGCCGCCAACAGAUUUGUCUGGUCAGAGCGAUGAGGAAAGUAUGGAUGCCGCCAACGGUAGCUCGCCGGGGCGGAGAACUAUACAACCUACGCCGUUGAUCACCAACCACCGGCGCUUCCCAUCAGUGGACGAAGAUGAUAGCGACGAUAAUCACGAUGGAGUUCUCAGCGCAGCUGACGUAGAGCAUGAAAAGCCGGUGACGUGGAGUUCGUUACCGAGGAAAGGGCAGCUGGCGAUUCUGACCUUCGCCCGUUUAUCGGAGCCGCUUACCCAGACCUCAUUGCAAGCCUAUAUGUUCUACCAGCUGAAAUCGUUCGAUCCAUCCCUACCAGACUCCACCAUCUCAGCACAAGCAGGAAUUCUACAAGGCAGCUUCACUGCUGCGCAGUUCCUGACUGCAGUCUGGUGGGGUCGCCUGGCUGAUGCGGAAUGGAUGGGUCGGAAGAGAGUUCUUCUGAUCGGCUUGCUAGGAACCUGCAUUUCAUGUCUGGGCUUUGGGUUCUCCAAAUCCUUCGUGACAGCCGCCAUCUUCAGAACUUUAGGCGGAGUGCUGAAUAGUAACGUCGGGGUGAUGAGAACCCUGAUCGCGGAAAUAAUCGCCGAAAAGAAAUACCAGUCCCGUGCGUUCUUGCUUCUACCAAUGUGCUUCAAUAUCGGCGUGAUCAUUGGUCCUAUUUUGGGCGGAUCACUGGCCGAUCCUGUGAAUAGUUUCCCCGGCCUGUUUGGCCCGGGUUCUCUCUUUGGAGGCAAGAACGGCGUAUCGUGGAUGGAACAUUGGCCCUAUGCUUUGCCAAAUGUGCUCAGCGCGAUUUUUAUCUUUAUGUCGUUGCUCGCCGUCUUUCUAGGCUUGGAUGAGACACACGAGAUCGCUCGCUAUCGUAGUGAUUGGGGCCGCAAACUGGGCAAGAAAAUCGUUCGCGCUUUUUCACGGCGACCUCGUUAUUAUCGACCACUCACCCGAUCUGGCGAUGAUGAUUCAGUAUACCUUGAAGGUAGUGUUGGCACUUGGUCCGCGCCACCAAGUCCAACCCAAUCUCGAACGCCCACUCGACCCCGUCCCCAUAAAAGACCAGGAAUCAAGCAAAUCUUUUCACGAAAUGUCAUUCUGACUCUUCUAGCGCACUUUCUACUCGCCUUUCACACCAGUGCCUUCAAUGCAAUGUCAUUUGUCUUCCUCCCUACUCCCCGUGCCCCGGAAGGCACUCGCACUGAUUUUUUCCACUUCGGGGGAGGACUGGGCCUACCAUCCUCAAGGGUUGGGAUGGCCACAGCUAUCAUUGGUCUUAUCGGCCUCCCUCUCCAAAUCCUUCUUUACCCUCGGAUCCAGACCAAGCUAGGGACUCUCACGUCUUUCCGCAUGUUUCUUCCUUUCUCUCCCAUAUCUUACCUCCUAAUGCCAUUUCUUGUCAUUCUACCUCGUGUUGUAUGGAUUGUUUGGCCCGCCUUUACCUUUGUUGUGGCUUUGCAAGUCAUCUCCCGCACCUUCGUCCUCCCUGCAGCCAUCAUUCUUGUCAACAAUUGUGUCACGGACCCAUCUAUCCUGGGGACGGUGCACGGUGUAGCGCAAAGCAUUUCGAGUGCUGCGCGUACCCUGGGUCCAUUCCUUGGGGGUGGGGCCUUGGACUAG